AUGGGGGGUGGCAUAGAGACAGGUGGCGGUGUGGGCACAACCAGCAUGGGUAAAAAAGCACUGGUGGCAAGUGUAUGGCGGCCGCUGCUCGUGUUUCUGAUGCUGCUUGGAUCCCUGAUGUACAUAAGCGUGGGGCAGCUGAUGGUGGAACGGCGACACAAAGAGCUCAAGAUUGGUGUCCAAGGUGCGGCCAACGGGUCAAUAGGUGUCAGUAGUAGCGUUGGGUCUGUGCAACAAGCUGGUAUCUUCGACUUCUCUAGAAGGGCGCUUGCGGUUGGGGGUCAGGCGGACCCCCUCUCUGGCUCUGCCGUAAACCCAUGGAGGCAGCCAGAGAGCCAAGGCUGGCAUGCAUGUGGGCAAGAGGUUGCGUCGAUACAGAAAGAUGCGGCACCAAUGCUGUCUCAAGGCUACCUUCUAGUCUCCACCAACGGUGGCCUCAACCAAAUGAGGGCAGCGAUUUGUGACAUGGUCGCGAUGGCGUAUUGGAUGAACGUCACGCUGGUGAUUCCAGAGUUGGACAAGAGCUCCUUCUGGGCCGACAGCAGCGAGUUCGAAGACAUCUUCGACGUGGACCACUUCGUCCAAACCCUGAAACCCCUGGUGCCCGUCGUGCGCACCCUGCCGCCCAAGCUGGGCGCGCGCGCGCACAAGCUGCCCGUGCUGGACCCCAUCUCGUGGUCCCAGGCGGGGUACUACACGCACCACGUGCUGCCGCUCAUCCGAAAGCACGGGGCGGUGCGCCUGGCAAAGACGGACUCGCGCCUGGCGAACAACGGACUGCCCUUCAGCAUCCAGCACGUCCGCUGCCGCACCCAGUUCCACGCCCUGCGGUUCACGCCCGCGAUCGAGGCGCUGGGCCGGCGUCUCGUGGCGCUGAUGCGCGAGCGCGCGCGCGGCGGUCCCUUUCUGGCGCUGCACCUGCGGUACGAGAUGGACAUGCUCGCUUUCUCCGGCUGCACGCACGGCUGCUCGCCGCAGGAGGAGAGGCAGCUCACGGACCUCAGGUACUCGGUGCGGCACUGGCGGGAGAAGGAGAUCGACUCGGCGGCGCAGCGGCGGCAGGGGCUGUGUCCGCUGACCCCCGAGGAGGCGGGCCUGUUCCUCAAAGCGCUCGGGUUCAACGAAUCGACGCACGUGUACAUCGCGGCCGGGGACAUCUACGGCGGGCAGGAGCGGAUGGCCAAGCUGGCCGCCAUGUUCCCGAACCUGGUCCGCAAGGACACGCUCCUCGACGCGGCCGAGCUGGCGAGUAUCAACGGCCACUCGUCGCAGCUGGCCGCCCUGGACUACCUGGUGUCUCUGGAGAGCGACGUGUUCCUUCCCACCUUCAGCGGCAACAUGGCCAAGCUCAUUCAGGGACACCGCAGGUAUCUUGGGUUCCGCAAAACGGUCAUCCCCUCCCGCCGGCGCCUGGUCGAGAUGCUGGAUCUUUACUCUGAGGGGAAAGCCACGUGGGGCAAAGCGGCGGAGAGGAUCCGAGAUUUCCAUCGGAGUCAGACUGGGGGCCCGGCUAGACGAGCGGUGAUGCCCAAGCGGCCCAAACUUGAGGACUACUUCUACGCCAACCCGACCGAGUGCUUAUGCCAAGAUACCGAUGUGGAGCCAGGGUUUGAGCUUGGGGUUAAACCUUUGCACCUUCUCUCCGCUAUCUAG